AAUUUGUAACUUGCGUCUCAAAACCCUCACGUCUUGAGAAAUCCCCAAAACAAACGAGAAGAUUGCAAAAUGGCGAUAGCCAUGGCUAAUAACAAAAACCAAAGGAAUCAAUCAGAUGAAGGAGAUGGAGAAGAAGGAGAAAUUACGCUGCCAACCCUCCCUCAAGAAAUCCAUAGGGAGAUUCUCUUGAGAUUACCUGUAAAAUCUCUCUGUAAAUUCAGUGGUUUAGUACCCGUGAAGGAGCAUGAUUAUGCUUUCAAAAAUAUACCUAAUGAUUGGUUUGAAGAUGAAGAUGGAAAUGUAGAUACUGAAAGUGUUGAUACUUUAUGUACAAGAAACUGGGUUGAGAUUUGGGGUUCUUGUGAUGGAUUGGUGUGCAUAUUGAUUUGUAUAUCUCCAUAUGAAGAUGCCCUUUUCUUGCUUAACCCAUCCACAGGAGAAUCCAAAAGAAUUCUAGACAAAGACACUAAUUGGCCUUCAAUGUUUGGGUUUGGUUAUGAUUCAAUUAAUGAUGAUUACAAGGUAUUGCAGAUUGACUUUGGUGCUGUUGUUACUUUAUAUUCACUGAAAAAUGAUUCUUGGAGAGAGAUGGGGAUGUUCCCUUAUUAUGGUGAUAUUUACGAUUCUUGGAUGUUUCUUCAUGGAUCUUUUCAUUGGGUGGUUAUUAACAGAAAGGACCAAAAACCCAAAUAUGUAAUUUCUGCCUUUGAUAUUGCAAAGGAGACAUUUUGGGAAAUGGCAGCUCCUGAUAUUGAUAUCAGCUGUGGACUUGUGACGGGAAUUCUAAAUGGGUGCCUUUGUGUAAUUUAUAGCUGGAAGGGUAUGCAUGACGAUUUUUGGGUGAUGCGUGAAUAUGGGGUGACCAAUUCAUGGACUAGGCUCACCAUAAGCCUCUCAUAUAUACAUAUGAAGCCGCUGGGUUUGGCAAAGAAUGGAGAAGCCGUACUGCAAGUUGAUGGAAGAUUAGUUCAGUGCAAUUUGGAGAAGAAUUCGUGUAAGGAAAUAGUGGUUCAUGGAAUUCCAGUUGGGGAUAAAGUUUGUGCAGAAACUUACAUAGAGAGCCUUAUUUCAGUUAAUGGUUACUGUGGAAGUGGAAAUGAAAUUCAAAUGCAAAGUUAGGUUUGUAGUGUAUGUUAUAAUCUUGAAAGGAAGAAAAAAAACAAUGCUGGGAUGAAGCAAGAGAGACAAGUAAUCUUCCAUUUCAUGUAGUAACAUUUUUGUAUUAUUACCUGCAUAGAACAUGCAGAACAUACACAUGAUUUGCGGUUUGGGUGUAUUAGGCCUUCUUCUAAAUGGGUGGACCAUCAAUUUUCACUGCAAUUUAAGUCUUCACAUUUUUGGUGUGGUGUUGGUUGAUUGGCCUGCUUCUUGAUUAUUGUGAUAUACAUAUGAAUUUGGGUUUUUGAUGUCUCUUGAUGGCACGCCGAAUUAAUGGUUUGUAUUUUAUCACAAGAGUUGUCGUUUGGUACUUAGACGGUGGUUUAACUCUUCCAAGAGAUGAAGAGUAUCCUGAAAGAUGAAAACUGCAGCUGCCAUGUCAAGGCUACCAGAAGACAUGGUGGUGGAAAUACUGUUGAAAUUUCCUGUGAAGUAUGCUGUGUUUCAAGUGUUAGAACCUUGGAAUUCUCUAAUCUCUAAUCUUUGGCUAUUGGAAUGGAAGGAAAGAUUAAAAACGAAGAUUAUGAAACGAUAUCAAAAUAUGUAAAUAGUAAUUAUUGGUAUUGUAUUACAAACAAUCAACAGCAUGCACAUAUCUGCUAUAGUUUGGCAUAUAUUUAUAUAUCCUUUGUACUAUAA